AUGCCGAGAGCACCUUCUUCCUUCUUCAUCAACGCGAAGAACAUCUUCCUCACCUAUCCCAGGUGUGUUCUUCCCAAACAACAAGCAUUAGAUGCAAUUAGGAACAUCCAGUUCUCUAUUUCUCCCACUUACAUACGAGUUGUUCAAGAAACCCACCAAGAUGGAUCUCCUCAUCUACACUGUCUGAUUCAAUUCACAGGUAAAUUUCGCACUCAAUCUGCGAGGUUUUUCGAUAUCCAAUCACCCAGUUCAAAUUCAAUGUUCCAUCCAAAUGUUCAAAGUGCGAGGAAUUCAUCCAUAGUUAGGGAUUACAUAUCAAAAUACGGAGAUUUUGUGGAAUGGGGCGAGUUCCGUCUGGAUGGCCGGAGUAGAUUCUCAUCCGACAAAACGGGGGAGGUAUAUGCCGCUGCGCUUGCCGAGGAAGAUAAGGGAAUGACCCUCAAUAUCAUCAAGAAGGGCGAUCCUUGA